CAUGACGUAAACAAGGGACGCUGUGUGGACAGAGCUAUCACAAUAAGAAGAUAAUAGAUGGACAUUACGAAAGGCAGCCUGGAUGAUAUUUCUCGACCAGCUUCCAGUGAGCGCUCUAGGCCUGGGAGUCGAGUGUCCAGUGUGGUCCUCUCAGAGGGGGUGAGAAUGAAUCAGGACAGGAUCGGAGCCCUAGAGGUCCUCAGCUCUGAGCUCACCGAAACUCAGGAUCGACAGAACAUAGAGGAGAAUAACUUGGAUUGUCCAUCAGAAGACUUGGCCCCUGACCAAGAUAUAUCUGAGGAAGAGAAUAAAGAUCCAGAGUUGCAAAAAGCCAUCAUGAAAAUGAAAAGACUGGACAGAAUAUUGGCUGCCAAGAUCUCCACUGAAAAAGAAGUCAAAAAGCAAAGCAGAGAGCUCCAUCAGAGACUCUGGAAGGAGCUAAAGGAUCACAAACCUGAAAGGAGAUCAGAGUGCACUGAUGAAGCAGAAAAUACCAGGUUGUUCCUAGCGCUUACCUCCAACACCUCCAAGGAUUGCAGUGAAGAGGACUAUGUACCUGUGUUUGGAACCCAAGUCCCAGAGCAAGAGAAUGACCUAAGCUGCAGACCUGGAAAUAAAGUUUCUAGGUCAGAGGUCGGAGUAAAUUACAAAACUUCAAACUCUCUUAAAAUGGGUCCUGAAGUGAAAGAAGUCAAGCAGACAGAAAGCAGGCAGAGUGUGAUGGGCAAGAGCAAGCAUAGACAAGAUUUCAUCAGGAAAAACAUUGAGCUAGCCAGUAGUGCAGGAAGCUUGGGGCCAAUGACACAGGAAGAGAAAGAACGAUUAGAGGAACUCCUCAAGGACAUAGAUGAAGAGGAGCCUUAUGUUGAUCCAACUGCAAAACCAGAGACAGACUUUUCCCUGUGUGCUGUGUCCACGCCACUGGAUGAGGGUUAUACACCCCAAGCAGCUGAACUCGACCAACUCUUUCACAUUGAUGCCAAACUGCAGCUUCUUCUUCCUGUUCAGGAAUUUCUGUCCGUACGAGGCCCCUAUGGUUACCGCAGCUUUUCUCAGGAUAAAAAACCUGGAGAACUGGGCGAGAGGGUCCUGCGGGACAUGAAGGAGUCGAGAGAGCAGGAGGAGUGUCUGUGUGAAAUCCAGCAGCAGCUGCAGCUCCUCACACAGAGACAACACCCAGAUAGUUUGACUGAAGAGCAAAUGAAGAACUUGCUGGUGGAAUGUGAGAUGGCCUUGAGCAGAAGUUCUGAGUCAUGUACAGAAGAUUUCUCAGACCCCGAACCCUAUUGUGCUGUAGAAGGUCAAAUAAUGUCUCUGCUGGCCAGUACACCCCGUCUAUCCAGUUCUGCUCUCUCAGAGUUGCUGCAGGAAGCUUGUGGAACUCCAACCAGUCCUGUCCAAGAGCAGAGAACCCAGCAACAAGAAGCACAAGUGGUGAAGCUGCAGUCUUAAUGUGAAAUGAGAAAGAAGCUAGCAUCAGUAUGGUAAAGAGUAGCAAAAAAUGUAGAGCCUGUAGGGCCCAGAAUAUGUUUUUAUAUAACAACAAUGCUGUUGAAAUGUGUUUGUAUUUCCUAAUACACGCAAACUGUUACAAAAGACAUGACAGUAGAGGAUCUUUAUUAAACAUUACUUUUGAUUAAGUGCCGUACACUGAUAAAGUUCAACUGAAAUAUGACUGAAAAGUGUAAUUUAUUACAACUUGAUUUAUGGGGAGAAACAUUCCAGGCAUGUUUGCCCCGAAGUGCUGAAUUCAUUCACUCAUUGGCCACUUUAAUAGGAACACCUGUGCUCUUCAUUCAUGCAAUUAUCCAGUCAUGUGGCAGUAGCACAAUGCAUAAAAUCAUGCAGAUACAGGUCAAGAGCUUCACUUUGUGUUCUUUUCACACAUCAGAAUUGCAAAAAAAUGUAAUCUCAGUGACUUUUGUUAAUGCCAGAUGGGCUGGUUUGAGUAUUUCAGUAGCUGCUGAUCUUCUGGGAUUUUCACAUACGACAGUCUCUAGAGUUUACACAUAAUGGUGCAAGAAACAAAAAACAUCCAGUGAGCAGCAGCUCUGUGGACAGAAACACUUUAUUGAUGACAGAGGUCAGAUGAGAAUGGCCAGUCACCCAGUUUAGGGAGAUUUUUGGCCUAAAUAGAAUAUAGAUGGCUGUGCACUGUGGGAAUGAAGUGUAGCUGUUAAAACAUUAAUAAUCACCAAGUCAGUGUGUUUGAUUCUGUUUUUAGACCAGGUACUUAUGAUCACAUAUUACAGAGAAAAAGAUACCAGAAUUAUUCUUAUUUUCUUAGCUGCAUGUAUGAAACUUUGAAUAGAAUUUUUUUGGUUGGCUAUUGGACAUUGGCUAUUUUAAUACAUAGCGCAAAAACUCAGACAACAGUUUAAUUUUAACUGUUUAUUGUUUGUUCUUUUAAAAAUAACAUACAAGUAAAAACAGCAUUUCUGUGGGAGAAAUUUUAAAUAUAAAAAUAUAAGGCAACCCUCAUAGUACAAGGCAAUCCUCAAUGGAAGGUGGGGGUCUAAUAACAAGAACAACAAGAACAACAACAAAAGACAAUAAAAACAUCCUCACAUCACUGUGCAAACUGUUUAUACAUACAGAACACUUCCAAAAACAUGUCACACUUCCUGAUAAAUUAUUUAAAUAGCACAUAUCUACAACAUGAAAUUACAUCUUCAAAUACAUCAAAUGUCAAUAAUAACUUAUUAUUUAAAAAUGAAUCAUUCAUUCACUAAGCACAACAUAAAAAAUUCAUUUAUGCCCUGUAGGGAUAUUUUAUUUGGCAAAAAUAUUUUGUAUUAUAUACAUUUUGAAAACAUAUGAUUGUACAACAUUGCUAACUAAGUAAAAAUGUAACUGAUUUAUAUUUUAGUAUGAGG